UAGGUUUCGUAUUUGGCAUUCUCCAAUCCCCAUCCCUGGCCCUGCCUCUCUUGUCUUUGGAUCACUGCUAAUUUCAAGCUCAUCCCUUUUUCCUUCGAUCCCGCAAAGUUUCAACAUAUGGUUAGGGAUCUCUUCUCUGAAUUGAAGGCUAAGGGAAAUCGACCAACUAACAUUACUUACAAUUGCUUAAUUCAUGCUAUGUGUAAUUUGGGCUGGCAAAAGGAGGUAACCAGGCUUUUUAAUGAAAAGAGGGAGAACAAUAUAUCACUCGGUAUUAUUACAUAUAAUACCUUAAUCGACGCAUAUUGCAAGGAUGGUAGGAUUUCUGAACCUAUAGAUACCAUUGACGCAAUGAGGAAGCAAGGCAUUGAGUUUGAUAAUGUCAUAAUAGUAUAUUGGUUGAUACCUAUUGCAAGGAGGGAAUGGUUUCUAAAGCUGAAGGUAUUGUCAACGCAAUGAAAAACCGAGGCAUUGAGCCUAUUGUUGUUACCUAUAGUGCAUUGAUAGUCGGCCAUUGCUUGCGAAACGAAAUGGAUAAAGCUAGUAGAGUAUUUCAGUUGAUGAUUCAGAGAGGUUGUGCACCUAAUAAACGGAGUUACAACAUCAUGAUCAAUGGAUAUUGCAAAGCUAAAAGGUUUGGCGAAGCAAAAACUCUUUCAUGAAAUAUCUGGAACAGGUCCUACCUCGAUAUUGUCACAUACAACACUCUAAUGCAAGGCAUUUGUCAUUUAAGGAGAGUUUCUGCUGCAUUGGAAUUUUUAAGGGAGAUGCUUGGUUCUGGAGUAGUUCCAGAUCUAUUGACCUACUCGAUUUUGGUGGAUGGUUUAUUCAAAAGUGGUAAACUCAAAGUGGCCUUGAAAGUUUUUCAGGCAAAGCGGAAUAGUUGGUUGGAACUCGAUAUUAUCUCUUAUAAAAUCUUAAUGGAUGGCGUGUGCAAAGCUGGGCAUAUUAAAUUUGCAAAGAGAAUAUUCAACGAACUGUCCGUCAAUAGUUUAAAACCCAACGUGUACACGUAUGAUAUACUGAUUAAUGGAUUAUGUAAAGAGGGGUUACCAGAUGAGGCAUACCAGUUGCUUAGGAGCAUGGGAGAUAAUGAUUGCUUGCCUAAUAGCAUCUCUUAUAAUGUAAUGAUCCAGGGGAUUUUCCGAAACAACUCUACCUCGAAAGCAACCCAACUUCUUGUGGAAAUGGUCGGCAAGGGCUUUUCUGCAAAUUUAUGGACUGCCAUCGUAUAUGUUGAUCUACUCUUACGACCUGAUAAAUCAAUCUUGGUUUAAAAGGUUGGAUUGUUAAUGUCACAAUCAUUAGUAGUGAAUGAUUAGUGAUAUCUAUUUUCAGUUUUAGUU